AUGGAUGCCAGUUACAACAAUCUGGAUCAUAAAGUCGGGGGGUCGCAGGCCGCGGCCCAGGGCUCCCGGGCCUUCCAGUCUCAGUCAGCUCCCCGCCGUCCCUUCCCGCGCGUGCGCACGGCGUCGCGGCUCAGCCUCCGAGCCUGGAGCGCCCCUCCUCCCAGCAGCCUAGAAAACUCCAUGCUGCGGGAGUAUGAGCUGCCCGGAGGGCCACUGCGGACUCCGACAUUGGGCCCCGCCGGCGCCGUGUGGCUUUCGCUGCUGCUGCUGCUGCUGGUCUUGCCGCUGCUGGCGGUCCUCUGCAAAGGGCACCUGCUGCCGUUCGCAGGCAGCUCCCCGAACCCCUUCUCCAAGGACGCCAGGCGGCCCCCCGCACCGCUGGUGACUGACAAGGAGGCCAGGAAAAAGGUUCUCAAGCAAGCUUUCUCGGUGAACCAAGUGCCAAAGAAGCUGGAUGUGGUGGUGAUUGGCAGUGGCUUUGGGGGCCUGGCUACAGCUGCGAUUCUGGCCAAAGCUGGCAAGCGAGUUCUGGUCCUGGAGCAACAUAUCAAGGCAGGGGGCUCUUGCCAUACUUUUGGAAAUAAUGGCCUGGAGUUUGACACAGGAAUCCACUAUGUCGGGCACAUGCACGAGGGCAAGAUGAGCCGUUUUAUCCUGGACCAGAUCACCGAGGGGCAGCUGGAAUGGGUUGCCUUGUCCUCUCCCUUUGACAUCAUGGUGUUAGAAGGGCCCAGUGGUCGAAAGGAGUUCCCCAUGUACAGUGGGAAGAAAGCUUAUGUUCAGGGCCUCAAGGCGAAGUUUCCCCAGGAAGAAGCUGCCAUUGACAAAUAUAUAAAGCUGGUUGAGGAGUCGUCCCACGGAGUCAUCCUUGCCGUCUUGUUGAAGAUCCUCCCAUUGCGCGUAGCUAAGCUGCUCAGCAAGUGGAGGCUGUUGACCCCUUUCUCUGUGUUUCUUCGGACUUCCACCCAGAGCCUGGAUGAGGUCCUGUGGCAGCUGCCGGCCUCCCCGGAGCUCCGGGCCAUGCUCAGCUACAUCUUCCCCACUUAUGGUGUGACCCCCAGGCACUGUGCCUUCUCCAUGCAUGCUCUGGUGACUAACCACUACAUGAAAGGGGCCUUUUAUCCCCGAGGGGGUGGCGGUGAGCUCGCUUUCCACACCAUCCCUGUGAUUCAGCGGGCCGGGGGCGCUGUCCUGACUGGUGCCGCUGUGCAGAGUGUGAUACUGGACUCAGCCGGGAAAGCCUGUGGUGUCACUGUGAAGAAGGGUCAGGAGCUGGUGAACAUCUAUUGCCCCAUUGUGAUCUCCAAUGCAGGACUCUUCAAUACCUACAAGCACCUACUGCCAGAGAAUGCCCGCUAUCUGCCAGGGAGAAGCUGGAGAAGAGCAGGUCCCUGCAAACACUGCUAUAUUAGUGUUGAAAUAACAGUUGUGAAGAUGGCCCCGGUGCAAGGCCGUUCGCCGAAGGUAAGGCUGCAGGUAAAGCAAGCACGUUCUCCCGGCCGUGGUCUACAAGCGCCCGUCUACACUUUGGCAGGUGUGAGGCAGCAGCUAGAGAUGGGGCGGCCUGGCUUGAGCACCUUCUUUAUUUUCAUUGGCCUGCGAGGCACCAAGGAGGGGUUGGGUCUACAUUCCACCAACUAUUUUGUCUAUUUUGACACAGACCUCAACAAGGCGAUGGAGGACUAUGUCUCGAUGCCCCCAGAAGAGGCUGCGGCGCACAUCCCUGUCCUCGUCAUUGCUCCCUCAUCAGCCAAGGAUCCCACUUGGGAGGACCGGUUCCCAGGCCGGUCCACAAUGGUCGUGAUGGUGCCCACCUGCUAUGAGUGGUUUGAAAAGUGGCAGGACACGGCAGAGGGAAAGCGGGGCAGCGCCUAUGAGACCCUCAAACACUCCUUUGUUGAAGCCUGUCAGUUGUCAUGAGGCUGUUUCCCACAGCUGGAGGGGAAGGUGGAGAGUGCGGUUGGAGGGUCCCCACUAACCCACCGGUUCUAUCUGGGUUCUCCCCGGGGUGCCUGCUAUGGGGCCACCCGUGACCUGGAGCGCCUACAUCCUCAUGUGAUAGCCUCCCUGAGGGCCCAAAGCCCCAUUCCCAACCUCUACUUGACAGGCCAGGAUGUCUUCAUCUGUGGGUUGGUGGGAACCUUGCAAGCAGCCCUGCUUUGCAGCAGCACCAUCCUGAGGCGGAACUUGUAUCUAGACCUUAAGAAGCUCAGCUCAAGGAUCCAGGCACAGAAGAAUUAGUUCGGCCGGGGAGGAAUCUGAGGAGUUUGGUUGCUGCUAUGGCACAACCCUUGACUUAGCUAUAAUGUCUCUCUAUACUGGUUCUUUCCUCACGUAAGGCACUCUGAUCCGUUUCUGAUUUCUCAAGAGGUCUGACACACAGGUCACAGAUCUUCAAUCACAGUUCUCAAGCUGUGCAUCUUUCAGCUCAUAGCUAACACUGCUGUCCCUGCUAGAAGGCCCGGGGUGGGCCAGUGACUUGGACAGCCUGUUUGGUCAAGCAGGGCUUUGCACACUGCGCUCCCAUCGCCUCCCAACUGAGUAGUCCCUUGGUCAGGUGGGCAGAACCCUCCAAAAUCCUGGUCAGUUGAAGCAGCUUGGGCCAUUGUCCUGAGGCCCCUGCUUCACUCAAGGAGUACCACACUACUGUCAUAAAAGGGUGCCUAAAGGUGUUUGUCAAAAACUAGGCAUGGUUUUGUUGGAGUUCCCUGGGUUCAGAGGUCCUCGGAGAAGCCAUUUUUGCUGCUUCCAGUGUCUCUUUCAAAGGUUGGGGAAAUUUGUAUGAUAGUCUCAGUGUGGUCGUGGGGUUGGGGGUAAAGACAUUAGCAAAGUGUAUGUUAGAAUACCCAAUUCAUAUGCAGCCAGGCCCUAGGUUUGUCUUCCUUAAUUCCAAGGUGACACUGGGUCUUUAUUAGGUCAGCACCAAGAUACCCUCAUGGAGCUCAGUACCUGAGCCUCAAGUUUAUUUUCCAAAACUCCACAGCAAAGGGUAACGUUAGCAGUUAGGGCACUGGACUGGAAAGGUGACUUUUCAGGGAUUGAAGCAGACUGAAAGAACAUUCCAGGCCAAGGUUACAGCAGAUGACAAGCACAGAGUGCUUAACUGAGUGUAAGAGAAAUAACCCAGCUAUCUCCUAGACUUAGAACACGCACUGCCUGGUGGGGAGGAGUGGGGCUGGAAAUCAGUCAGGAUCAGGGCAUGGAAACCUAUAGAACCUGUGUGCCGAGGCCACGGGGGGUGUUUUUGUUUGCAGUUGCCUACCUAGGGACUGGAUGAACAGUGAACAAAGGCUGAAGGUUAAAAAAAAUGACCUUUCACUUAUUAGGCCUUAUUUCUGUCCAUUUUAUUGCCACUUUAAUAAAUUUAAUGAUUUUAUAGCUUUAA